UAGAGAAACUAUAACCCAAAAUAUACCCCCCGCCUCCCCUCCUAUCUCUCUCUCUCUCUAACUUUGCAGGAAAAUAGAGAAAACACCUUCUCUCAUUUUCGUUUAUCAAAAAACUACCAAUAUUUCUUUAUUGGGGCAAAACUAUAGUAUUUUCUCAGUUGAAUUCUAGUUCUAUUAUAGAACCGCAGUUUCUUUCAGUGCUCAACAGUUUUGCUUGUUCAGCUUCUUGACUGCAAAGAUACCGGUAAAGAUGGGUACGGGGAAUAUGUCGUGGAGUGAUGAGGAUAAGGCUACGGUGGCGGCUGUACUGGGAAAAGAAGCUUUUGAAUAUUUGAUAUCUAGCUCGGUUUCAGCAGAAUGUUCUUUAAUGGCAAUAGGGAAUGAUCAGAAUUUGCAGAAUAAGCUUUCAGAGCUCGUGGAACGCCCAAACGCCACUAAUUUUAGCUGGAAUUAUGCUAUCUUUUGGCAAAUUUCACGGUCUAAAUCGGGGGAAUUGGUGCUAGGGUGGGGGGAUGGCUGUUGCAGAGAACCCAAGGAAGGAGAGGAGUGUGAAGUUAAAAGGAUAUUUAAUCUACGCCUCGAGGAUGGGGCUCAACAAAGGAUGAGGAAAAGGGUCCUUCAGAAGUUGCAUAUGUUAUUUGGUGGAACAGAUGAAGAUAACUAUGCUAUUGGAUUGGAUAGGGUCACUGAUACUGAAAUAUUCUUCCUUGCCUCGAUGUACUUUUCGUUCCCUCGAGGAGAGGGAGGUCCAGGGAAGUGUUUUGGUUCGGGUAAGCAUUUGUGGUUAUCAGAUGCAUUGAAGUCCCCUCUAGAUUAUUGUGCUAGAUCUUUCCUAGCUAAGUCAGCUGGUAUGCAAACUAUUGUUUUGAUCCCAACUGAUGUUGGAGUUGUGGAAUUGGGAUCAGUCAGAUCGAUACCGGAAAGUUUGGAGCUAUUGCAAUCUAUAAAAUCUUGCUUCUCUUCGUUUCUUGUUAGGGCUAAGCAAGCAGCAGGUAUAGCAGUUGUAACUGAGAAAAAAGAUGCAAACAAUUCCCCCUUUUCGCGCUCAGCUUUUAGUGAGCGACCAGAUGGAACUCCUAAGAUUUUUGGGCACGAUUUAAAUUCCGGUACCCACUUUAGGGAAAAACUUGCUGUUAGGAAAGCGGAGGAGAGACCAUGGGACAUUUACCCAAACGGUAACAGGAUGCCAUUCAUGAACGGGCGUAAUGGUUUACAUGCUGCUUCUUGGGCGCAAUUCAGUAAUGUGAAGCCGGUAAAGCCAGUGGAGCUCUAUCGUCCUCAGACGCCCCCAGCACACAACCUACAAGAGCUUGUCAAUGGUGGAAGGGAAGAAUUCCAUUUGAACAACUUUCAGCAUCAAAAGCCUGCUAGAAUGCAAAUUGAUUUCACUGGAGCAACCUCGAGACCCAUUAUUUCGCCAUCACACACUGUUGAGUCUGAGCAUUCAGAUGUUGAAGCUUCGUGUAAGGAAGACCGUGUAGGCCUAGUCGAUGAAAAGAGGCCUAGAAAACGUGGAAGAAAGCCAGCUAACGGAAGGGAAGAGCCCCUCAAUCAUGUAGAGGCGGAGAGGCAGCGGCGGGAAAAGCUGAACCAGCGAUUCUAUGCAUUACGAGCUGUUGUUCCGAAUAUCUCCAAGAUGGACAAAGCUUCCCUCUUAGGAGAUGCUAUUGCUUACAUAACUGAGAUGCAGAAAAAACUAAGAGACAUGGAAUCCGAGAGGGAGCUGAGAUUAGGAAGCACUUCAAGGGAUGCAAUGGCUGCAGAAGACGGCCCGAAUUCAGAGAUUCAAAUCCGAGGACCCGACAUCAACAUAGAAGCUGCCAAUGAUGAAGUCAUUGUAAGGGUGAGCUGUCCGCUGGAAACCCAUCCAAUAUCAAGAGUCAUCCAAACAUUCAAAGAGGCACAGAUCAAUGUUGUUGAAUCAAAACUUUCUGCCGGGAAUGGAACUGUAUUUCACACAUUUGUACUCAAGUCUAGUGGAUCUGAACAGCUGACGAAGGAAAAGUUGCUGGCUGCACUUUCCAGCGAAUCAGACUCGCUAAGACAGUUUUCACCGGUAGGGCAAUAACAGUUUUAUGUUUUAUAUAGUUGCUAGACGUAAGAUGUAGUGAAGAAUCAUAUUUUAGUUUCUGCAGAGAGUUUCGUAUACAUCAGUUCAAGAUAGGUGGACAUAACUAGCUAUUGACAAAGUAGCAGCAAAUUUUCUGUGUUUGUCUAUAGUAUACAUGUUUUAUCAUAAGGCAAGAUGAAUCAAUUGCAAGCUUCACUAUCUUUUGCAUACCAUUCAUUAUUGUUAUUAAUUCUUCAGGAGCUACUGAUGACGCAUUUAUGUCAUCUUAGAUCCAAGAUGUGCAUCUUACCAUGCAGCUAUUCAAGAAUGUACAAAAGAAAGUAUAUGAUAGAAACUAACAAGUUCUCCUACUUUAUCAGAAAUUUUUAUGUGAUCUAUGUUUUUCCCUC